GAUAACUAUGUUCAAAUAUUAAUGUGAUUUCUUCCGAGUAAAAUCCAAUGUCCUGUAAGAGGAUUUGAAUCCAUCCUAUCGUAAUCCGGACGACAAAUCCGGGUAAUCUUCCGGGUGUUGGCACAAAGUCAAUACAUAGACGUGGUGUCAUCAAUUUACGUUGGCUAAAAAUGAAACUCUUGGUUAUUUCUCUCUUAAUAAGCCUUGUUUUUGCAAAACAAGAUACUUUGGAUGAAGAAAGAGAAAAAAUGAAAAAAUGGACACACGAGUGUAUUCAAGAAAGUGGUGUUACAAGUGAAGUUCUUCAACAAUUGAGAAGUGAGAAAAAAGUUGAUGACCCAAAAUUGAAGGAAUACACUUUUUGUACAUUCAAGAAAAACGGUUUUAUGACUGAAGAUGGAGAGUUGCAGUACGACAUCAUCAAAUCAACACUGAAGAAAGUCAGUGGGAGCGAAGAAGAAGCCAAUAAAGUGAUCAAUGACUGUGUUGUAAAGAAAAGCACUCCGCAAGAAACGGCCUAUGAAACUGUAGAUUGCUGGUAUCGGUAUAAAAGGAAUCUUUAAUUUUGGAAAGUUGAAAUAAAAGGAUAACUGUGA